AAUACAGAUCCAAUAGGUAAGCGUAUUACAUGUACUACAUGUGGUACAUGGAUAGCCGGCCGCAAUUCAACAAUUACAUGUGGGUAUAUGCGCUAGAUUCACAUCUAAAAACUCUAUUCAGGCCAAUCAGCACGAAGACGGAGUGGUUGGGCCAACUGUAUAUCGUCUGAACAGCGUCCCUCGCCGUUGAAUGGCUUGCUGGGGACCGGAUACCCACGAGUCGACUCAGCGACGCUGCUCGUGGUUCUUCCUCGGCUGGAAACAAAUGUGCAAUCACCAGCGAAUCAUCGCCGAAUCCUGCGACGCUUGGUGCGCUGUUCUUCCACCUUGUCUGAAGUGUCUGCACAGGCUCCGGAUCGUUUCAUGCGCUGUUCCGGAGCCAGCGACGGCUCCCUCAUGGCGAGGACACCCGGCGUGCGACCAGCUGUCAGGCUCUCCGCGCGCUGCCGAGCAGAAGCUUUCCUCGCGGCAGGUGUGGCCGAACGGCUCCUCCGUGCCUGCGGAGCGCUCUGUCUCCCAGGCCCCACAGCCGGCGGCCUCGGAGCGCGCGUACGAGGGCGCUUCUCAGGGCGCCUGUCCCCGCCGUCGUCGUUGGCAGGCCGCUUCCGGGUCCGUGCGCUGUGAUCAGCAGCGGGCCCUAGAGGCACCUCUGGUGAAGGGUCCCGCCCGAAGCGCACAGGCAGACAGCCGUUCGCCGUGAAGUCGUCCACGGAACAGAGGACACACGUCGCGCCCUCACGCCGCGUCCCUCGGCGCGCGACGCACGGCACGCCCUCAAGCCGACAUCGCGCGCACGGCGUCUGCCGCGGCAGGAGCCACUCGACGUCCUGCGACACGGCGGUCCGCGGUGCAGCGUCAACUCUGAGGCGCGCCGCCUCUGUGGCCCGCUUCGCUGCCGCUUCGUUCUUUCUCUUGCGCUCCUCGGUCUGUC